AAUUUAAAUAUAUGUAUUUUUUUGUUUAUGUACAUGACAGGACUUUUACUUGUUGGUUACUUGACGUUUCACACAGCUUCCGUGUUUCAAAAUUCAAUUGACAAUUUACACAAAUCUUAUGUCAAAACACUUCCAUUGUUAACAAAGUUGUUGAAUUUGUAUUAAAUUUUUUUGUGGUAUUAAUUUAAGUUGGCAGAUAUUUUUUAUAUAUCAAAUAAUUCAUACAAUUAAUAUAAAAAUGACCAUAGUGAUUGUUCGGUAGUUCAAUAUAUCCUGUUUUAUACGCCGCAACGUCUAUUAUAGAACGGAGUGAUGCGCGCGCCAGCUGGUGCGGUGAUCGGCGCUGUUACGCGCUGGUCAGAGGUGCCCCACGCUCCCUUAACAGACUAUACGGGCAAGGCAGCACCAUUACACGCCUACCCUGUGUUCACCUAUGAUGACGCUAUAAACAACCGAUUUGCUAUAUGGCAAGGUGACAUCGCGACACUGGAAGUCGACGUUAUAACGAAUACAAGCGACGAAACUCUGACGGAAUGUAACGCGGUCAGCGAACGGAUUAUGUCCACGGCUGGACCUGAUCUUAAAGAGGAAAUCAUCACAAGGGCUCAUGAGUGCCGCACUGGUGAGGCGGUGGUGACCGGGGGUUACUCCCUCCGCAGCCGCCAUGUGGUGCACACGGUCAGCCCCAAGUACCUCGCUAAGUACCACAGCGCUGCCGAGAACUCACUUCAUAAUUGCUACAAGAACGUGUUACACGCGGCGGGCGAAUUGGGUGCGCGUUCGUUGGCCUUGUGCGUCGUGAACACGCCGAGGAGGAACUUCCCGCCGGAUGUCGCUGCGCAUGUCGCUUUGCGAACAAUAAGACGGUAUCUCGAACAGAACCAGGCUCCGCACCUCGUGAUCCUAACCAGCAACUGCGGGGCGGAGCUCGCCCCGUUUACGGCCCUCGCGGGGCUGUACUUCCCCCGAAGUGCCCCCGAAGCGGAGGCCGCGAGGUGGGCCGUCCAGCCCGGGGGGGCUGCGGGGGAGCCCAUUCACCCCGAGAGGCGGAUUCGGAUCAUACACAACCCGCACUCGCACACCACGCUCGCUGAUGACGACACGACAUGCGACGAAGAAAUGGCGGCGGAAGCGGCGGCAGCGUUUGCAAGAGCGUGUUCGCCAGAUACGCAGAGGCUGCUACCCUCUCCAGUGAACUCCGCGCAACCCAGGCGACACGUGCAUGAUGCUGACCAGUAUGAACGUCUGUUACGGCGAGCGCGCAGCGAGGACUUGAGCGAAGUGUCCGGUAUCGGGUGUCUCUACCAGAGCGGCGUAGACCGGCUCGGGCGACCUGUCGUCAUCUUCAUUGGAAAGUGGUUUCCUAUCGCGGAUAUUGACUUAGACAAGGCACUGCUCUACCUGAUAAAACUGCUGGACCCAAUAGUCCGCGGCGACUAUGUGAUCGCGUACUUCCACACGCUGGCCUCGUCCGGAAACCAUCCGCCCUUCUCAUGGCUCAAGGAGGUCUAUACGGUGCUGCCUUACAAAUACAAGAAGAACUUGAAAGCAUUCUAUAUCGUGCAUCCCACGUUUUGGACAAAAAUGAUGACGUGGUGGUUCACGACGUUCAUGGCUCCAGCCAUCAAGGCCAAGGUGCACAAUCUCCCCGGAGUGGAGUACCUCUACAGCGUCAUGCAGCCGCAUCAGCUCGAAGUGCCUGCCUUCGUCACGGAAUACGACAUGACGAUAAACGGCAUGCACUACUUCCAACCUGAAACGAAUAACACGUAACUCUAUGGAUUAAGUGACGUCACACUGACCAAAAUAUUUCUGACUCAAUAAUAUCUGUAGCUAUUUUUACUAUCUGUGAUGAUGCAAUGACGUCAUCACUGACUUUUAAAUCUAAGCUUUUCUUUACUGAACUUUUAAUUUUUAAAUUUCGAAGGAAGAUAUGACUAGAUGAAGACCAAUCACAUUUUAAUAUUAAAUAUUCUGUUUAUGAAUUGGUUAAACUUAAACAAUGUUUCUUUAUCUGCAUUAAAUUGUUAAUUAUUCUAAACUAAAAUACUUCAAAGUUUCCCAUAAAAAACUGUUUUGAAUGUAUAUUAAAGAAUACACUGCCAUAUUUUGUUAGAAAUUUUGAGAACUAGAAACUAUUUGGUCAGUAGAAUUGAGAUUUAAAGAAAAGCCUGUUUAAAAAUCUAUUUUUUUAAUUGUGCCAGGCUAGUCAAAACAUUUGCUAAAUUUAUCCAAACAUGACAUAUGGCCUAUAAAUCCGUUAUUCCAUGUUAAUAAUUAAUUUGUAGUAUUUUAUAGGAUAUAGUAUAAGUGGUGCAUUUUAUAUGUUAAGCAGAUAUUGAAUUAAAUUAUCAUGUUGCAGUCUUAAGUCAUAAGGACUAGAGCGCUAAGACUUUAUUCAAAAUGAUGACCUCAAUAUUGAAAAUUUUUGGAAAACUUCCAAAAAAGGUUUUAUUGAAAUGUGUUACCAUGUCAUAAGACCACACAUUAUAUAUUUUGUCGAACUGAGCAAUAAACAUUUGUUAGUAAGAUAAUUUUUUAUAAGGUGCUGAAAUAUAUUUUAUUUUUACAAUGUGAAUGAGUGAAUUAAGUAAAACAAAAUUAGCUAUAUCAUAAUAAUCUUAUACCUUCAUUUAUUUUAAAUAUUCUAAUAUAAUGUUUCUUUGAAUGCACUAAAACUCUUAUAACACUAAGAUUCAUUAAAUUAAAGAGAACUUGUCUGGAACUUCUUCGUCUGGAAUUGAGAUUUUCGAAUAGCUGUUUAUAUGAACAAUAUGUGCCACGGUUUCUACAUUAAGUCUAUAGCUAUGAAUAUUUUUGCUAAUUCCGAAAAUACCACUUUAGUUAUGGAGACCAAUUUGUAUGCUUGUUUGUUGUUUCGGUAAAUGAGAAUUUAUAGUGUGUUAAUUAGUAAGUUUGUAAUGGCCUUAGAUGUGUGUUAAGAGCUUUUUAAGUGUUGUUACAAUGUAUAAAUUCAAGCGCUUCAUGUUUCUAUCAAAAAAAUUAUAUGACAUUGUUCUGCCAAAUGUAAAAGCUACUCAACAUUGUUGACACCAUUCACAAGUAAAACAUCGUGGAUUUUAAGUAGCUGCCAGAUUUGUAUAGCCUUUGACUAUUCAGAUAAAUUGUGUCAAGUGAAAUUGUUAAAUUUUUUAAUCAAUAAUACAAGCAUGUUGUGUAAAUUAUAUUGCUAAUUGCUAAUGUAUAGAAAAGAAUGUGAUCAAGAUUGGUUAAGUUUAAUAUUUUAUAAUUCUAGUGUUGAAUAGAACUUGUAAAUAUUUGACAAACACAAAAUUAAAUUGUUAAUUUACUA